UCACAUUACCCCUUGUGUCUCCUCCUUCCCUUUAAUUCCUUCUCUUCUACCGUCUCUCUUCUUCGUGUUGUCCCGAACCCCCACCCCCAACCAUGCCUCGUAAACAAGCCUCUUCGGCAAAUCUGCGGAAGCAGAACGGAAACGCGUCCGCGUCCAAUGGUGCCGCCGGCCCCACCAAGUCAGACGUCGAGACUGCAAAGAAGCAGCAGGCCAUCCUCAAGGACGCACAGACAAAGCAAUGGAAGCACGCCUACUUUGCACCAGACAUGAGCGAUCCACAGAUUGUAGGUGGAAGCAAGGAGACUGCCAUGGUCAAUUACAACCCUGGCAUCAUCAUCUCCGAGAGUGGUCGGAAGAAGGACAAGGAGCUCGAUACUCACGAUGAUUGGGAAUUUGGAGGUCCUGUGGGGGUGACAGCUAUGAUGACGCUGUUCCCCUUGCUGAUGUACUACCUCUGGAUCUGCCUCUGGUUCUACGACGGCCAGAUUAUCGUACCUCGAAGCGUGGAUCAGAUCGGCCCCUUCUUCACAAAGAUGGGCCGACACGUCUACGAAGACGCGUUUCCCACCACAAGAGCUCUGGCCGGCUAUGGAGGGCUAAUGGUUUUCCAAUUCGUCCUAGCCUUGGUCAUGCCCGGCUAUGAACAGGAAGGACUACCAGUCCCCUCGCUCAACUACAAGACGCUCACCUACAAGUGCAACGCCCUCUCGAGCUUCUACGCCACCCUCGUCACAUGUGCUGUCUUGCAUCUCUCUGGUCUGUACCGCCUGACGACGAUCAUUGACCACUUUGGAGAGUACAUGACUGUAGCCAUGAUUGCAGGGUUCCUGGUCACAUUUGCAACCUACUACCAUGCCGUCUUCACCAAGACGACCCACCGCAUGUCGGGCAACUUUGCCUAUGACCUCUUCAUGGGAGCUUCCCUCAACCCUCGUAUUGGCCCUGUCGAUCUCAAGAUGUGGGCUGAAGUGAGGAUCCCGUGGGUCCUCUUGUUCCUGAUCUCCGUGUCGGGUGCUUGCAGGCAGUACGAGACGUACGGCUACGUCACUCCCAACAUGGCAUUCAUGGUUCUCGCCACUGGUUUGUACAUCAACGCCUGUGCCAAGGGCGAGGAGUGCAUUCCCCAGACUUGGGACAUGUUCCAUGAAAAGUGGGGCUUCAUGGUCAUCUUCUGGAACUUUGCUGGGGUGCCCUUCACCUACUGCUAUUCCAUCGUGUACAUGGCUGCUCACCCACCUCACUACUACCGCUUCUCCACACCCACGUACGUCUUCCUCUACUCGCUCCUGAUCUUCGCACACUACAUCUUCGACUCCUCCAUGGCCCAAAAGUCACGCUUUAGGAUGCAACGUCAGGGCAACCUCAAGAUCCGAUGGUCCUUCCCUCAAUGGCCUUGGUCCACUAUCGAGAACCCACGCUACCUUCAGACAGAGCACGGUAAUGCUCUACUGAUCGAUGGAUGGUGGCAAUUUGCGAGAAAGAUCAACUACACGGCAGACUGGACCCAGUCUUUCCUCUGGGGCGCCAUUGCUGGAUUCAGCUCCCCCAUUCCUUACUUCUACCCACUUUUCUUCCUCGCGGUGCUCACGCAUAGGUGUGGAAGGGACUUUGAGAGGUGUCACAAGAAGUAUGGAAAGGAUUGGGAGAAGUACUGCGACAUCGUCGCCUAUCGCUUUAUCCCCUACGUGUACUAGAUGGUGAACUUUGCAGACGAGGUGGGAUUUGCAGAGCAUCGAGAGGUGCGAGAGGGAGGG